UUGUAGUGUGUGAGACAUCCAAUGAAGUUAAUGAGGUUAUUUUGGGUAUUUUCAGGCUAAUGUGAGAGAGAUUUGUUGUUACCGUAUUAAGUUACCAUAUUUUCAGGCUAUGGGUCUAUGGUUGAUGGUUGUUUGUUUCAAAGAUGGGUUUAGUUUUUGUUUCUGAAGAGUAGAGACGGGAGGAGAUGUCAGUUGUUAAUUCCAGCACACCUUGGCUCUGUCUCAACGUUUAAAGCUUGUGGGAAGAAGAUCUAUGAGUUUCUUUCAUCCAUGCCUCUAGAGUUGGGGAGCAUGAGCAUGACCAAAGCUCCCAAACUUUCAGUAGUGUGUGUUUCGCACAACAUCUGCUUUGGCUUUGCAUUGAUCUAAGGAAAGGGCUGCAGGAAUUGUGAAAAUCAAACAUGGCUUAUGAUUUGUGACCAUUACAGCUUAUGUUAUCCGAGUCUUUUUCAUGUAUCAGCUUCCUGUCUGGAUGUUAUCUUAUUACAUUGCCUUCUCCCGCAAUCCAAGGUCCAAGAGCUUAGCUUUGUUUCGUGGCUGCAAUUCCCCCCAAGGAAGCGUACGUUCUCCUAGGAAGAAAGAAAAAAAAAUCAACUAUGAACUGUUAGUUAUUCAAUUUAAAAUAGCAAGAAGAAAGAGACCUUCAUUGCUUCCAUUUCCAAGAAACCUAUUAAGGUCUUCACAUGCUCCCAAUAGGUAAAAACACAAUUAUAAAAUUUGUAAAGGAGAAAGUGGAUCAGCAAUGGCUGUUGUUAAUCUCAGCUCAACCUCCCUCUUCAUGCAAUCCAGAGGAAGAAGACACAACUCCAUAUCCUCUGUCAAGAGUCUCCAAAGACGCACCGUUUUGCUUAUCACGUCACGAGGUGGCGACAUGGUUUCACCGGAGGGGAAAGGCAAGGAUCACAGCUCCACCUUUGACUUCAAGUCGUAUAUGAUCCGUAAAGCCGAAUCUGUGAACGCGGCUCUCGACGCUUCCGUACCGCUUCUGAAACCCCUCACGAUUCAAGAGGCGGUGCGGUACUCAUUGCUAGCUGGUGGAAAACGCGUGAGGCCUCUGCUCUGCCUUGCUGCCUGCGAGCUUGUGGGUGGCGACGAGGCUACUGCCAUGUCGGCAGCUUGCGCGGUGGAGAUGAUCCACACGAGCUCUCUUAUUCAUGACGACCUUCCCUGCAUGGACAAUGCUGAUCUCCGCAGAGGCAAGCCAUCCAACCACAAGGUAUUUGGAGAAGACAUGGCAGUUCUGGCGGGUGAUGCACUCCUUGCUUUGGCGUUUGAGCACAUGUCGAUCGUGUCUAAUGGUUUGGUAGCUCCGGAGAGAACGGUCCGCGCUGUAAUAGAGCUGGCAAAGGCCAUAGGGACAAAAGGGCUUGUGGCUGGGCAAGUGGUUGACCUAUCCAGCGAGGGAAUAAAUCCUGAAGACGCUGGAUUGGAGCGUCUAGAGUUCAUCCACCUUCACAAAACGGCUGCAUUGUUGGAGGCAGCUGCUGUUUUAGGAGUUAUAAUGGGAGGUGGAACCGAGGAAGAGAUGGAGAGGUUUAGAAAGUAUGCGAGGUGUAUUGGGCUGCUGUUUCAAGUGGUUGAUGAUAUUCUUGACGUGACAAAAUCUACCGAGGAAUUGGGUAAGAGCGCCGGGAAAGACGUUAUCGCGGGAAAACUAACUUAUCCGAGGUUGAUUGGUUUGGAAAAGGCUAGGGAACUUGCGGAGAAACUGAGCAGAGAAGCAGAGGAACAUCUUCUAGGGUUUGAUCCGAAUAAGGCGGCGCCUCUGGUGGCUCUGGCUAGCUACAUUGCUUGCAGACACAACUAACUAGCUACAUUGCUUGCAGACACAACUGAUCUUUUGCAUUAACUGUAUCAUGUGCUCAAUGUCUGAAGUCCAAACAAUUUAUUUGUUUUUGGUCGCUUUCUGGUCUUCUUUCUUAUGAAACUAUUUAAGUUAUGUGUGUUUUAGGUUGUAUUUUGUUUGUUUUUUUUUGUGAUCUUAAUGCAUGUUUCGACAAUUAUCA